AUAAGAUUCAACUUCGGAAAAUGUCGUCCACCCCUCCACCUUCUGCCCCACCCUCGGCCCCCCCUUCGCCGGCUCCCCCUUCGCAAGCUCCACCUUCGCCGGCUCCCGCUUCGCCGGCUCAGUCUUCGGCUGAGUCUCAAGCUGUGUAUAUACUGCUGACAAUGGCACAAGCAGAACAAGGGCCACCCACUUCGGUACUACCUGAAACGGAUCAGCCAGUUGAGCUUGCUCAAAUAGAAGCCAUACAGCCAAUACAGUAUACAAUGCCAAAUGCAGAACAAGUGCCACCGGACCCGGUGUUGCCUGCAACGGCUCAGCCGAUGGGGCUUGAUUUAAUUACGCCUGUGCAUAUAAUGCCAAAUAUGGCAACACCGGCACCAGGGCCAUUAGUAUUGAUGGACACCAAUAAUGUUCAGGUGGAAAAGCGAACAGUAAAUAAAAAAAAGAGAGAAAAGAAACGGCCAGUACCUUAUCAUGGACCUACAACUCGUAGUAUGUCAAGACGUUUUCGGGGAUUCACCGCAAGCUUGCCACCCGGGGGGAUCCAUGGUGAGAACGCAGAGAUUCCAAACGAUAUUCUCUCAGCCCCGAACCCAGAAAUAAUUGGCACUCAAACCAAUGGGACUUUGAAUGAUGUUGGAUCCUCAGGUCAACGAGCCGAUAUAUCUUAUCAGAACGCUGUAAAUGGUGAGGGCCAAGUACAGCCGACUGGUACACAGGAUAUAACAGAAGCUAAAUCAGUGGAAACUGAAUCAUCAAUUGAGGUUCCCAAAGAAAAUUUGGAAUUGGGAGAAAACGAAGGGGGGAUCCAUGGUGAGAAUGCAGAGACUCCAAACGAUAUUCUCUCAGCCCCGAACCCAGAAAUAAUUGGCACUCAAACGAAUGGGACUUUGAAUGAUGUUGGAUCCCCAGGUCAACGAGCCAGAGUAGUUUUAGCCGAUAUAUCUUAUCAGAACGCUUUAAAUGGUGAGGGCCAAGUACAGCCGACUGGUACACAGGAUAUAACAGAAGCUAAAUCAGUGGAAACUGAAUCAACAAUUGAGGUUCCCAAAGAAAAUUUGGAAUUGGGAGAAAACGAAGGGGCCGAAUCUUAAUUAUCUACAAAAAAAAACAACGACAAUAAAUCGCAGAACGAAUAUCCCACAGAUUGAAGGAUAAUCCUGCGUUACAUUACAUUUCAACUUAAUUGAUUAUAAAUACAUACAUCAUUUCUUCAUUCUUAAAUGUUUAAUGAUAAAAUUAAAAUUAUAGUUAUUCA